CCUUCAGUUUUUUAAAAAACAAGAUGCGUCCGAACAUACUUUUCUUUCAUUGAGAUAAAAAAAAGCUCGUUUAUAAGCGCCCUUAGGGCCAUUUUGAUUCGGAAAACGCGUUCGGGCACGACCUUUUUGGAAAAAUUCAAGAAAAAUGCGUCUGAACGUUUGUUUCUAUGGAAACAUUUUUCAGUGAGUAAAGAAUUGAAAAGAAACUCAUAGUAAUAUACUAGAGUAAAAAAGAAAGUUCGGAAUAACAAUCAAAAAAAUACAAAAUCCAUGCCGUUACACCCGAAUGUCCCUUCCAAGGGACAUCAUGUAUCCAGGCGGCAAAGCAGCACCACUUAAGUCUCGAUAUAACAAGGAUGUAUCGAAGAACUGUAAGCUUUAAUGCAGUAGUUCAUCGGCAGCUAUAAUAAAAGUGUCUUAGGGUGUAAAGGGUUAAAGGUAUCAUCUGAAAAUGAUCAAACGUAUACAUUAAUAAAUCAUUUUAUGUUAUCAUUAACACAUCAUUCUAUUAACUGAUUUAGAAAAUGUAAAAAAAAUAUUAUACAUGUUUUUUAUGCAAUUAUUUAAUUCAUAUCAUUUUAAUCGUUCAGCAGCUCAUGAUAAAAAAUUACUGUAUAGUGCUUAUAAAACAAAUGGUAUUUUUAUUUUACAAUCAAAAAUCAGCAGUGGUAAUUCUAUUGGCUAUGAAUCAAUUAUACAACUUCUUAAUGAAGAGCAAUGUACACCACAAAUAUUUGAAAAAGAAUAUAUUCGGAAUAUAUUUAUGUUAGAUUAA